AUGAAGCCAUCGGAAAUAAAUUCGAAAUCCGUAGAGAAAACACUUCUCGAUACGGUGUACAAUCAUAUUAAAAUUGCUGGCAGAGGAAAGUUUAGAGUUGGAGAUACCGUUCGUAUCAAUCCAAUUUCAUAUUUAUUGGAGGACGUGCGUGGCCAGCCGAUUAAAGGCGCUUUUUACGAAUUCGAACUUCAAAGGACCGCUCAACCCAACGUUUACCUCGUUGAAAAGGUGUUGAAAAGGAAGAAGGAUAAGUUGUACGUAAAAUGGUUAGGAUUCGAUUCAUCCCAUAAUUCUUGGAUAUCAAAUAAAGAUAUAUCAUAA